ACUAAAUCACAUUGUGGUAUUUUUUACAGACUGGAAGAAAAUGCUAAACAAUUGGAGGCUGAUAAAAUGAAACUGGAAGAAAAUGCUAUACAGUUGGAUGCUGACAAAAUAGAAUGUCAAUGCGGUGAGUGUCGUUCAUUCCAGACGGUAAAAAUUCUAUGUUGCUGUAGAGAAUUGCCAUUUCUUAACGAGAAAAGGGAGGGUGUGCGUUGUAUAACAUUGCACCCAUGGUUUAUAGCGAACUGCCUUAACAAAGAUGUUCUGUACGACGGAUCAAAGCACCUGGAAUUUCCAUUUGAUGAGAUUAACAUGGAAAGAGCAAGCACACUUUUUUGCGAUUGGAUCCAAACGGACGAGCUUAGUUUCAAAAACGGAAAUGUUCCGGCAUGUUUUUUCGUAGCAUUUAUGAAAACGUGGUUAAUGCAUUCAAGGACGGCGAACGAAUGCACAGUGAUGCAAAUGUGUUUACAUUAGACUUAACUUGCCUGACUUUUAUUGGACCGGGUCCAUAGAACAUAAACACCUAGUAAUGAAUAUGUUCAAAAUGGUUUUCAAGUUGCUAUAGUUCAAUGUAAUAGAGCUUACUUCAUAAAAUAUCAGUAUUAGUUAUAAAUAGUCCUAAUGUCACAGUUUAAUAUAAUAAUACUGUUAAACUAUAAAUUGAUCAUGCUCAAUCUGUUGGUGUCCACAUAAUGUGUACUUAUUAGAGAUGU